UUCUUAUUAUUGGCUUGUUUCGUCAACUUAACUAAACAUAAUAUGUUUGUGCUCAAUCCUCCUAACUUCUCCAAUCUCUCUCAUCACAACAAUGCCCUCUGCCGCCCAUCUCCGCCCUUCUCCGCCUACAGGAGGAUUUCUUUACUUCCUUCCCGGCGGAGGCCGGUGGUCAAAGCUGAGAUCGGCGGCGGAGGUGCAGGUCAGGGUCAGAGUCAGAGUCAGAGUCAGAGUCAGACAGUAACAUCAACUUAUUCUUCGUUCUUGGAGACGAGCAAAGACAGCAAUGGUUCCGUGGUUUCUUCUGGAAGGAGUGAUGAGGGGAUAGAAGUGAAGGCUGUGAUGACAAUAAGGAAGAAGAUAAAGGAGAAUCUCACUGAUAAAUUGGAGGAUCAGUGGGAAUACUUCAUCAACGGUGUUGGUCAAGGCAUUCAGAUUCAACUCAUCAGUGACCAAAUUGACCCCGUUACAAAUUCGAGAAAAAGCGUAGAAUCCUACGUCAAAGGAUGGCUACCAAAACCUUCAAAGGUUUCCUACAUUGUGGAAUACUCUGCUGAGUUGAGAGUGCCAAGUGACUUUGGGAGCCCCGGAGCUCUUCUCAUCACCAACCUCCACGCCAAAGAGUUCUACCUCUUGAAAGUUGUCAUUCAUGGAUUCAGCGGAGGACCCAUUUUCUUCCCAGCCAACACAUGGAUUCAUUCACGAAACGACAACCCCAAAAGCAGAAUCAUAUUCAACAACCAAGCAUACUUACCUUCGCAGACCCCACCUGGAAUCAAAGAUCUUAGGCUUGAGGACUUAUUAAGCAUAAGGGGAACUGGCAAAGGUGAGAGAAAGCAGCAUGAUAGAAUCUAUGACUAUGCUACCUACAAUGACUUAGGCAACCCUGAUAAGGACAAGGAACUUGCUAGGCCAGUUCUUGGGGGUCCAGAGAGGCCUUAUCCUCGCCGAUGUAGAUCCGGCAGACCUCACACCGCUUCAGAUCCACUAUGUGAGAGUAGAAUUGAGAAGCCUCACCCUGUGUAUGUGCCAAGGGAUGAAACUUUUGAAGAAAUUAAACAGAACACAUUCUCUGCUGGGAGGUUGAAGGCCUUGUUCCACAAUCUUAUACCCUCAAUAGCAGCCACCAUGUCCAGAUCAGACAUUUCUUUCAACUGUUUCUCCGACAUCGACAAGCUUUACACGGAUGGUGUUGUUUUGAGAGAUGAAGAGCAGCAGAGAGGUGGAGUACAAGAUCUCUUGCUCGGAAAGGUCAUGAAUCAAGUCAUCAGUGCUGGAGAGCGAUUAUUGAAAUAUGAAAUCCCUGCUGUAAUUAAAAGAGAUAGAUUUUCUUGGUUGCGGGACAAUGAAUUUGCAAGGCAAGCCUUAGCUGGGGUCAAUCCAGUGAAUAUUGAGCUGUUGAAGGAAUUUCCUAUCCGCAGCAAACUAGAUCCUGCUGUGUAUGGCCCUCCGGAAUCAGCCAUCACAAAGGAAAUAUUAGAGCAAGAACUUGGUGGAAUGAGCUUUGAAAAGGCUAUGGAGGAGAAGAGACUAUUUGUCAUUGAUUAUCAUGACAUGCUUCUGCCAUUCAUGAAGAAGAUGAACUCCUUACCUGGGAGGAAAGCUUAUGCAUCCAGGACUAUUCUCUUCUAUGCAAAGACUGGUAUGCUGUGUCCUAUAGCCAUUGAGCUUUCACUUCCCCAAACUCCUUCAUCUGCGCAAAAUAAGCGAGUUUACACACACGGUCAUGAUGCCACGACACACUGGAUUUGGAAGUUAGCAAAAGCUCAUGUUUGCUCAAAUGAUGCUGGCGUCCAUCAACUAGUAAAUCACUGGUUAAGGACACAUGCAUGCAUGGAGCCAUAUAUAAUUGCUACUCAUAGACAACUGAGCUCAAUGCAUCCCAUUUACAAGCUGCUACACCCUCAUAUGCGCUAUACAUUAGAAAUCAAUGCACUUGCUCGACAGAGUCUAAUAAAUGGAGGUGGUAUAAUUGAGGCAUCUUUCAGUCCAGGAAAGUAUGCCAUGGAGCUUAGUUCAUCAGCUUACGAAAGCAUGUGGCGCUUCGAUAUGGAGUCAUUGCCAGCAGAUCUUAUUCGGAGGGGCAUGGCAGAAGAAGACCCUUCAAUGCCCUUUGGUCUGAAACUUGUGCUUGAUGACUACCCUUAUGCCUCAGAUGGACUCUUAAUCUGGUCUGCUAUAAAGGAAUGGGUAGAGUCUUAUGUUGUACACUUCUACUCAGAUCCGAAUUCCGUGACAUCUGAUGUUGAGCUCCAAGCAUGGUGGAAUGAGAUCAAAUUCAAGGGUCACUAUGACAAAAGGAAUGAACCCUGGUGGCCUAAACUGGAUACAAAGGAGGACCUGUCAGGUAUCCUCACCAUAAUGAUAUGGGUUGCUUCAGGUCAACAUGCUGCACUAAAUUUUGGGCAAUACCCUUUUGGAGGGUAUGUUCCUAACCGUCCUACCCUAAUGAGAAGACUCGUUCCUCAAGAGAAUGACCCUGAAUACAAAAAGUUCAUUGAAAAUCCUCAGCAUGCAUUCUUGUCAUCCCUGCCUACGCAACUCCAAGCUACAAAAGUGAUGGCUGUUCAGGACACACUUUCCACACAUUCCCCUGAUGAAGAGUACUUGGGGCAAGUGAACCCUCUUCACUCUCAAUGGAUCAAUGAUCAUCAAGUGUUGAAAAUGUUCAACAAAUUCUCUGCUAGAUUGGUGGAGAUAGAGGAAAUAAUCAAUGCAAGGAAUAAGGAGCCAAAAUUGAAAAACAGAACCGGUGCAGGUGUCCCACCCUAUGAACUGUUGCUUCCAUCGUCAGGUCCAGGUGUAACUGGUCGUGGAAUUCCCAACAGCAUAUCUAUAUGAAUAUUUGUUAGGGUUGGUUCCCAUAAUCUUCCCUUGCUUAUGAUGUCUGAUAUUGAAAGAAACCGUGUAUAUGCUAUGUAUGUAAUCAACUAAUCAUGCAUAAUUUUUUAUGGAUAGUCGAAAUUGUCAAA